AUGUCUCUCGCAGCUUUUCGCAAGCAAGCACAUCACGAUGAGCUCACGAAGCUCGCCAACGAGCACAUAAACACAGAUCUCGAACAGUCCGACCGCGAGGCGCUGAUGAAAGCUACAACGAGAAUUGCCACAAGCACGACAGUGGGCUCGCUGGUCGGGCUGGGUUUAGGUCUGUACGCCGCCAUCCGGCUAAGAAAGGUCCGCACCGAUAUGUUCGCGGCUUUCCGCGCCGCCGAAAAGCCAUCGUCCGUCGUUUUCGCAAACGGAAGACAAGAGCCAAUCCCCGACGUAACACCUUAUAUGAGGCCUACUAAAUUGGGCGACUUCGCCACGUAUUUCUUCUUCGGGCUAGGCGGUACCAUGCUUGGUGGUGAGCUUGGCCUGUUCACGGGGACACGGUCGGCGUCAAGAAACAUUGGCCAAGACGCAGCCAGGCGAGAGCGGCUCGAGAGGGCGUACCGGUUAUUUAAGAUCGACGUUCUGCGGAAAGAGCUGGCCCAGCUGGAAAGCGGUAGCACGCCCAUCCAGUUCUGA